AUGUCAGCCAAGAGCUUCAGCAUAGUCACAGCUGCUGCAAUGCUUAUUCUCUUCCAAAAGACACAGCUCUCUGUGCAAGCACCAUUAAAUGGAUCUAAGUGGUCUUACAUUGGUCCUGAUGGAGAGAAAACUUGGCCCAAGAAGUAUCCAUUUUGUGGAGGAGUAUUCCAGUCUCCAAUAGAUUUUCAUAAUGAUAUUCUCCAAUAUGAUACCACUCUCUUACCUUUAGAGCUUGUAGGCUACAAUGUGUCCUCCACUGACCACUUUAUGUUGACCAACAAUGGUCAUUCAGUAAGAAUGAGUCUGUUUCCUACCAUGCACAUCAGAAACCUCCCUUUCCAAUACACUGCAACUCAGCUUCACCUUCACUGGGGAAACAGGAACAAGCCAGAAGGCUCAGAGCACACAGUCAGUGGGAGGCAUUUUGCAGCAGAGCUACAUAUUGUUCAUUAUAACUCUGACAAAUAUCCCGAUGUAACAGCAGCAAUAGACAAAUCAGAUGGGCUAGCAGUUUUGGCUAUUCUCAUUGAGAUAGGCCCAUUCAAUCCAUCCUAUGAAAAGAUCUUCAGUCAUUUCCAGAACGUGAAAUACAAAGACCAGGUAGCUCUAGUCCCAGGUUUUGACAUCCAAGAACUGCUUCCUGACCAACUGGAUGAGUAUUAUCGCUAUGAAGGAUCCCUGACCACUCCUCCUUGUUACCCUAGUGUUCUCUGGACAGUUUUCCGACACCCAGUAAAAGUUUCACAAGAACAGCUGCUGGCACUGGAAACAGCUUUGUACUGCACACAACCCAAUGACCCCACACCCCUGGAAAUGGUUAAUAACUUCAGGCACAUUCAGGAGUUUGAUGAAAGGCUGGUUUCUGUCUCCUUCCAUCAAGAUUCAGUACAUGGUGGACUGAGCACGGGUGUUGUCCUUUCAGUUGUGUUAGCCAGCGUUUUUGGAGUUAUCAUCAUGCUUGCAGUAGCCUUUUGGCUGCUUAGGAAGAAGAAGAGUUGCAAAAAGGAACGAGAAGACAACAGAAGAGUCAUCUACAAGCCAGCCUUUGACAAAGAGGAUGACAACACCUCUAAAGUAUGAAUUCCUACUCUGCCACAGCAGUCUCUUUUCAUUCUUGGCAUCAAGAGACGUUUGCCUUGGGCAACAUGUUUCUUGUCUCCAGCCAGUUAUAAGCCUUGGAUGCACCUUUAAAACAAAGCAGCCAGAACACUCUGUGGUAGUCCUUGCCCACCUGAACCAAACCAGUUUUCUCCUAAGCAUGAAAAGCAGUCAGAGAACUUUUUUGUUUUUGUGUCAAAUGACAAAAUGUCAAUGACAUGAAGAAAGGUCCAAAACCUACACACCUGUUAAAGUUUAUCCUAAAUUACCUGGAGCAAGCAAUCUAAUCAAAUGCUUGUCUAUUUGCACAAGAGCUUAGAGAGAUGUAA